AUGGCCGUCUAUCGAGCAACCGCAGAAGUGCCCCAACACUCGUUCAACAGCUUCGACGUGAACAUAACCGACUGCACUCUCCGGCCCGCCGCAUACGAGUACUCAAAUGCUCAGGCAAAUGGAAGCAGCUUCUCAUUCGAGAGCAUCCGUCAAGUCGAUCUUAUUGACGGGGACCAUGGUGAAUGUGCAGGGGGUGGUGGGGACCUUUUUGGUUGUUGGACAUGGCAGGUGAUGUCCAAGGGAUCAAAGAUGGAGAACUCGCCAACACUGAGCUUCUCAGUGCUUGAUAUGAAGGCGUUGGGCCUAUUCUUCCUCUCAGCGACGUUCAAAUCACAGUGGAUUGAGGGAUAUGGCGAUAAUCCAAACCCUGGUUUAAGUACUGUACUUGGAGGAGACGUGGACCUUUCUCAGGCCUUUCAAGAGAUGGCCAUGAGCAUGACUGAUUACAUACGCAACGGACCCAACGGGAUUCCAGCCAUAGGAGACAGGAUAGAGAGCAGGAUCUUUGUCUCGAUUCGAUGGCAUUGGCUGGCUGGGCCGGUCGCUAUAGAGCUCGCUGGUCUGAUCCUGACUGUCUUGACCAUUGUCGGCAAUAGGCGCAACGUCCCGUUAUGGAAGUCAUCAGCGCUUGCACUCCUAGCCUGUCAGCACGAUGAGGAGGAUAGUCUGAUACGGGCCAAGGUCAGGGACAUGCAAGAGAUCAUAAAAGUGGCGGAGAGCUCCAAGGUCCGGCUAGAAUAA